AUGCACGGAAAAAGGGUGACCUCGAAGUCCAACUACUUCCUUAAGAUCAUCCACCUUCAGGAUGAUUACCCAAAAGGCUUCACCGUGGGAGCAGCCAAUGUGGGCUCCAAGCAGAUGCAGCAGAUCCACAUGUCCCUCCACGGGAAGGCUGUGGCGCUGAUGGGCAAGAACACCAUGAAGCUCGAGGCCAUCCGAGGACCCCUGGAAAACAACCCAGCUCUGGAGAACCUGUGGCCUGAUAUCCAGGGGAGUGUGGGCCUUGUGUUCACCAAGGAGGACCUCACUGAGAUCAGCGACAUGCUGCUGGCCAAUCAGGUGUCAGCUGCUGCCUGUGCUGAACAGCAAUGGAAGCCAAGACUCCAAGAAGACGAGUGGCAGACCCAGAGGCCCACAGGGACUCGGGAGGAGGUCAUUGCACUGUAG